AGAGAGAGGGAGGGUGGGCUGUACUGCACCAGGACACCUUGAAUCUGGACACGCCUGCAAAACAUGGAGGACGACUUUCGACCGCAGGUGAAGAAGGUGGCUGUGGCCAUGGGCGCUUCGCUCACGGAGCGGGACAUCGAGCGCAUGCCACAGGAGAUGAGAACGCAUGGAAACUUUCACUACAGCAGGUUUCUGGAGUACAUGAGGCAGUUCAAGACGUCCGAGCAGAGAGAGGACGCCAUCAGGAAGGCCUUCGCCAUGCUCGACAAAGACGGCAGCGGAUACAUCGAGUGGAACGAGAUCAAGUACAUCCUGUCAACUGUCCCGACUGCAGCUCCAUCAGCUCCUCUGUCUGAUGAGGAGGCGGAGGCCAUGAUCCAGGCUGUGGACACUGACGGAGACGGACGCAUUGACUAUUCAGAGUUCGCAGACAUGGUGAAGAUGGAGACGAAAGCGAAGAAGUAGAGGUCACGUAGUUGAUCUGAGUGUGAUGAAGAGGAAGACGAUGUCCCCUCCCUCCCUGAAGAAGGAUCUUCCUCCUCCUGUGGACGGAGAGUUGAAGAGUGUUGAGUGGACUGCUGUUAUCAGUCUGAUAAAUGACCGCCUUGUGUCCAAAACCAAUAAUCAGCCUCCAUCUGAGUUUGUCCGUCUGCUGAAAAGAGAAUAUCACCACCAGGACA